AUAGAGCCACAGCGAGUUUGCUAGAUCAUCGUUAUAACUCUUGCCAAGAGGACAUCCAGCACAUCAACCCGGAGUGUUCCUCUCUGCUUGUAGUCGAUAUGACCUAGCUACCGCCGAAGUAGCAAGAUGAUGAACAUCUUAACGAACAGGCAGUGUAUGUCAGGCACUUAGUCUACUGUAGACCAGGGGUCGGUGCUGCUUCGCUGUUUUUCAUGUAAUAAGCUCAGAGCCCAGGGAUAACCAGGAUUGUUGCAAUCUUCAGAUCUUACAGAUCACUGACCGCGCUUGUGAGCGCGCAAACACGUCGAUGAUGUCACAGCCCUGCGGGACGACUCUGAGCUCAACCAGCAAAUGGCUAAACAUCUUCCAAUACUGCCGCUUCCUACGGAUCCUGGGACAUGUAAUGGUUCUGCUGGUGCUAGCGUUGGUUGGCUCGAUAUACACGGCUGUAGUACCCCUCACGUUCGUGCCCUUGCUGCUAAGCAAAAACGUUUUCGUCGUGCUGGGCAGCGUAAUUGUAAUCGUGGUGUUCACCACUGUGACCGUCAUGUGCCUGUGGAGCUACCUGGCAACUGUCGUACUGGAUCCAGGGAGGGUGGCCCCAGACUGGCAUCCCUUCGCGGACGAGCAGCACGCGCGAGCGGAGCUGGAGCGCCUGUCGUACAUGACGUACUACUACGACCGACGCGACCCCAGGCGGCCUCGCUUCUGCAAGCGGUGUCAGACCUGGAAACCGCAGAGAGCUCAUCACUGUAGCAUCACGGGGCGCUGUGUCUUGAAAAUGGACCACUGGUGCAUCUGGGUGGUUAACUGUGUGGGCCUUCUGAACUACAAGGCCUUUUUGCUCUUCAUCUUCUACGCCAUGAUGGGUUGCGCUCUGGCGAUGCUGCUGCUGUUGAAGAGCAUGAUUGACUUCUUUAACAAUCGAUUGCGAGGGCCUAGUGCUCCGCUAAUCUUCGUGGUCAGCAUCUUCUCAUUCGCCUUCACCCUCAGCCUAGCGGGCUUCCUGGCCAUGCACCUGCAACUCAUUGCCGCCAACUGUACGACUAUAGAGAUGUACGAAAAGGACCGGCUGCAUCCAUGGCCGUACAACAAGGGCUUCCGGCGGAAUUUUGAGGAGGUCUUUGGGCGCAACAAGCUACGGUGGCUGCUACCGCUGUACACGGAAGCUGAGAAACGGCAGUUACUGGAGUCCUGUCUAGGCAAGGGCCCACAGAUAGGACUGGGCGGGCAGUGGGGAGCCGCGGCGCUGCCGAUGUUGUCGCACCCCGCCACGCCCUUCCUGUCUACAGCCGUGUAA